AUGAAUACUCUCCGUAGCUUGCGGCCGGUGGCAUCGCGUGUCCAAGCAGGCACUUUGCCCCGUGCGGUCCGUAUGUUCUCUGCAUCGCCAGCAAGGUCCUACGAGUACAUUGAGACGUCCGAGCCGAGACCUGGCGUUGGCCAAGUAACACUCAACCGCCCCAAGGCGCUCAAUGCCCUCUGCACACCUCUCAUUACAGAGCUCAAUCAGGCACUGUUGGAGUACCAAAAGUCGGACAGCGUUUCCGUCGUGGUCCUGACUGGAUCUCAGAAGGCCUUUGCUGCUGGAGCCGAUAUCAAGGAGAUGCAACCUCUGACUUUCGCCGAGGCUUACACGAACUCGUUCAUCGAGUCAUGGUCAGACCUCACCACUCAAAUCAAGAAGCCCAUCAUCGCUGCAGUAUCCGGCCACGCAUUGGGAGGUGGUUGCGAGUUGGCCAUGAUGUGUGAUAUCAUCUAUUGCACGGAGACGGCCAACUUUGGCCAGCCUGAAAUCAAGCUGGGAACUGUCCCGGGAGCCGGAGGAAGCCAGCGGUUGACCAGGGCCAUUGGAAAGUCCAAGGCCAUGGAACUUAUUCUGACCGGCAAGUUCUUUAGCGGAGCCGAUGCUGAGAAAUGGGGAUUGGCGGCCAGGACAUUCUCGACCUAUGAGGAGUUGAUGGAGAAUACAUUGAAGACAGCCGAGACCAUUGCCGGGUACUCUCGCGUUGCUGUCCAAGCCGGCAAGGAGGUGGUCAAUAAGAGCCAAGAUUUGCCCUUGAGAGACGGUGUGGAGUAUGAGAGGAGAGUGUUCCACAGUUUGUUUGGCAGCCAGGACCAGAAGAUUGGAAUGAAGGCAUUUGCAGAAAAGCAGAAGGCCGAAUGGACGCACAAAUAA